CCGGUUUGAGUGCUUUGGGCGUCCGCACGUGGUUGUGCUGCCGGUACCCGGUCUCGACUCGGGAGAAGUAACUUCCGCAGCUGCACUAAAGCGAGGCAGCUGACCUGGAGCUAUGGAGGGCCCCAGCGUGGAAGAGCUCCUGGCAAAAGCGGAGCAGGACGAGGUAGAGAAGCUGCAGCGCAUCACGGUGCACAAGGAGUUAGAGCUGGAGUUCGACCUGGGCAACCUGCUGGCCUCCGACCGGAACCCCCCGACUGCGCUGCGCCAGGCCGGCCCGGCGCCGGAGGCCGAGCUGCGAGCCCUGGCGCGCGACAACACGCAGCUGCUCAUCAACCAGCUGUGGCAGCUGCCCACGGAGCGCGUGGAGGAGGCGGUGGUGGCGCGGCUGCCGGAGCCCGCCACCCGCCUGCCGCGCGAGAAGCCAGUGCCCAAGCCGCGGCCCCUCACCCGCUGGCAGCAGUUCGCGCGCCUCAAGGGCAUCCGUCCCAAGAAGAAGACCAGUCUGGUGUGGGACGAGGUGAGCGGCCAGUGGCGGCGCCGCUGGGGCUACCAGCGCGCCCGGGACGACACUAAGGAGUGGCUGAUCGAAGUGCCCGAUGGCGCCGACCCCCUGGAAGAUCAGUUUGCCAAGCGGGUUCAGGCCAAGAAGGAGCGCGUGGCCAAGAACGAGCUGAACCGGCUGCGUAACCUGGCCCGCGCGCACAAGGCGCAGCAGCCCCCCGCGGCCGGCAUGCACCCGACCGGACACCAGAGUAAGGAGGAGCUGGGCCGCGCCAUGCAGGUAGCGAAGGUCUCCACCGCCUCCGUGGGGCGCUUCCAGGAGCGCCUGCCCAAGGAGAAGGCGCCGGGCUCGGGCAAAAAGAGGAAGUUCCAGCCCCUUUUCGGGGACUUUGCAGCUGAGAAAAAGAACCAGUUGGAGCUACUUCGCAUCAUGAACAGCAAGAGGCCUAAGCUAGAUGUGACGAGGGCCACCAACAAGCAGAUGAGAGAGGAGGACCAAGAAGAGGCCGCUAAGAGGAAGAAAAUGGGCCCGAAGGGCAAGAGAAAAGGGGGCCGACAGGGUGCUGGGGGCAAGAGGAAAGGUGGCCCGCCCAGCCAGGGAGGGAAGAGAAAAGGAGGUUUGGGAGGCAGGACACAAUCCCAGCCCCCUGGUUUGGGUAGCAAGAGGAAAGGAGGGCAGCGCCAAGGAGGAAAGAGGAGGAAGUAAUAACUUUCAUCGGAAGGGAUGUCCCUGUUCCGUAAAAGAAGAAUGUACUGUAUAUGCAAAAUGUUAAAUUCUAGAGGGUGGAAAAUGAGGUGCCUGUUGCUUUCAUUGAACUUGCCAGUUGAAGGGACACAACUGCUCUCCACAGAUGACUGUAAGAGUUAACCAAGAACUUAGGUGGAGAUAAGGGUAUGUUUGAGGGCCUAAGAGUUGGGGAGAUAAUUUGAAGCCAUGAAAGAAUUCUAUUCUUUGAGUUAUCUUGCAUUUACAUUUUGGAUAUGGACUUAGGAGUUGGUCAUGUUUCAGGAAGUUAAUAGGUGAUUUGCACAUUCCUGCGUUAUUUUUAU